CCUCUGUCAACCAUAGCUCUCUUGCCCAAGAACAGCCCUGCUUUGCUAUCACCUGCUCUUCUAAACAAGUCCUUCGUAUCCAUUCCCUUGUUGACCCCGACUCUGUUUUGCGCCCCGUCCCACGCCUACAGUACCAAGAACCACGCCGGCCGUGUCCACCUGGAAGAAGAAAAGACACAGCAACAACAACAACAACAACAACAACAACAUCAACAAGACAAAGAAGACAUCAUGUCGGAACCAACCGGUCUCAUCGCCAAGGAGGGCCUCGAGCUCCUCACCCUAGGGACCCCCAACGGCUACAAGGUCUCCAUCCUCCUCGAGGAGCUCAAGGAGGCCUACGGCGACAAGUUUCCCCAGAUCACCUACCAGACCAUCAACAUCAUGAAGAACACCCAAAAGGAGCCGUGGUUCACCGCCAUCUGCCCCAACGGCCGCAUCCCCGCCCUCGUCGAUCACGACCGCAAUGAUUUCCCUGUCUUCGAGGGCUUGGCCAUCCUGUCUUACCUCACCCGCCACUACGACCCGGAGCACAAGCUGAGCUUCCCCAUCGACAGCGACGACUACUCUGUUGCUGAGCAGUGGAUGGCCUGGCAGCAUGGCGGCGUUGGUCCCAUGCAGGGCCAGGCAAACCACUUCCUCCGCUUCGCAAAGGAGAAGAUCCCUUAUGGCAUCCAGAGAUACGUGGGCGAGUCCGAACGCCUCUACGGUAUCCUCGAUGCUCGCCUCAAGGACAGAGAAUACGUUGCAGGACCCGGCAAGGGCAAAUACUCCAUCGCCGACAUCGCCCUGCUCGGCUGGGCCAACAUCGCCGUCUUGUCCGGCGUGGAUCUGCCCAACCUGUUCCCUAAUGUCGUCGCCUGGCUGGACAGGUGUCUGGCCCGGCCCGGCACUAAGAGGGGCUUCGCCGUCCCCAAGGAGAGCGAAUUUGUCAACGCCGCCGUGGCCAAGAAGAUCGCUGAGGACCCCGAGGAGAAGAAGAAGGCCGACGAGAUCAAGAAGCUACUGGAUGAUGCCAAGGCGCAGUAUGGAUACAAGUAUGCUUCGCCUUAGGAGCUGCUCGACGGGGCGAUGCAUGAGCGUCCAAUCAGACAAAACAGAGAUUACAAAAGUUCUGAAAGAAAUAGUAAACAUGAUUGAUUCAUUCUGGAAAG